GAAAUCAAGAUUGAAGCUUUAUAGAGAGAGAAAAUGGAGUUUCCGACGACGACCGCCGCCAUGGGUUCCCUGGUCCUGUUGGUGAUCUUGUUGAGUGGGAGUUGGGCGCAAGAAAUACCAUCCUGCGCGGAAAAGCUGGUACCUUGCGCGAGUUUCAUGAACGUUACAUCUCCGCCGCCGUCUUGCUGCGAUCCGCUUAAAGAUGCCAUCACCAACCAGCUGACUUGUCUCUGCGGCCUCUAUAAUUCGCCCGGUUUCUUCAAAUCACUCAAUAUCAACGAAACCGAUGCCCUAUCUCUUCCCACCCGUUGCAAACUCUCCAACGAUCUCACUGCUUGCUCCAAAGCUUCUUCACCGACUGGUUCUGCAUCAAAACCACCGCCGCCGCCUGGAACUCCUAGAAAUGAUGGAAAUGUUCUUGGAGCUGCAGUACUCUCAUAUUGGACUGUAUUAUUAUUAUCCAGCGCUAUGAUCUUCUUGUUCUCUAUAUGAUGUUUCAUUAAAUAAAACUCGCUUGAUUAUAUAUAUAUUGUAAAACGUUUCCAUUUACCAGUUUAUAUGUAAUCUGGUUUUGUUUUGGAAUUUGUUUAAACCGGCUGGCUCUGGCCUUUGUUUGUUCACAUGAGUGCUACAUAAUUAAUUAAUUAAUUAAUUAACGAUUUCAUCA